CUUCACUCGGCAGGAGGGGCUCAGUAUUCACAGAGAGACAAGACAAGGCGGACUUGACUCUACUCCGGAGAUUGUCCCUGGCUACUUCAACCUAGGAAACCCACACUUCUACAAAAUGGCAAGUAAGAUCAUGGAAAGCUUUGGAAAGAAGUUGAUUCGUAGACGAAUUGUUGACUGCAACACAGAUGAAACCCGGUUUGUUAGAUGCCUGACAACAUUAGAUCUAAUUGCACUUGGGGUCGGCAGUACUCUUGGGGCAGGUGUGUACGUUUUAGCAGGUGAAGUAGCCAGGGACAAGGCAGGUCCUGCUAUUGUCCUUUGUUUCUUGAUCUCUGCUCUUGCCUCAGUACUUGCUGGCCUGUGCUAUGCUGAGUUUGGUGCCAGAGUUCCCAAGACUGGAUCUGCUUACCUCUACAGCUAUGUGACUGUGGGUGAAAUAUGGGCUUUUAUAACCGGCUGGAAUUUAAUCUUGUCAUAUGUGUUGGGUACGGCAAGUGUUGCUAGAGCUUGGAGUUCUACGUUCGACAAUCUCAUCGAUCAGAAAAUUUCGACUUUUUUUGAAAGCCACUUGAAUAUGAAUUGUCCUGGUGUACUUGCAACAUAUCCAGACAUAUUUGCAGUCAUCCUAAUCUUGCUUCUUACAGGUCUUUUGGCAUUUGGAGUGAGUGAGUCAGCACUCGUGAACAAAAUCUUUACUGCCAUUAACCUAAUGGUCCUGUGCUUUGUCAUUAUAACGGGCUUUGUAAAAGGUGACAUCAAGAACUGGCAGCUUACAGCAUCUGACUACAAUGAGACUUAUAUCAACAGUACUGAAUCAGGAGGAGGAAAGUUUGGCUCUGGUGGAUUCACUCCUUUUGGAUUUUUUGGGGUUCUCACAGGAGCGGCAACUUGCUUCUAUGCCUUUGUAGGAUUUGAUUGUAUUGCGACUACAGGAGAGGAAGCAAAAAAUCCUCAGAAGUCAAUUCCUAUUGGGAUUGUGGUUUCCCUGCUGAUCUGUUUUGUGGCCUACUUUGGUGUAUCUGCUGCUCUCACACUUAUGAUGCCUUACUACAUACUGGACAAGAAAAGCCCACUACCUGAAGCCUUUAAAUAUGUUGGCUGGGAACCUGCUCGCUAUCUUGUAGCUUUUGGCUCUCUCUGUGCUCUCUCUACCAGCUUGCUGGGCUCCAUGUUCCCUAUGCCUCGUGUCAUAUAUGCAAUGGCUGAAGAUGGAUUACUUUUCCGGUUCCUGGGGAACACACACAAAAAAACCAAGACCCCAGUGCAUGCGACCAUCGUUUCUGGCAUUGUUGCUGCUAUCAUGGCACUACUGUUUGACCUGGAUGUCCUGGUUGACCUCAUGUCUAUUGGUACACUGCUUGCCUAUACCCUGGUGGCAGCUUGUGUUCUUAUCCUCCGGUACCAGCCUUCUCCACUCCUCAAAUGUGAUUUGUAUGAAAUGACUCAAUUUGGAGUAAAUAAAAGCAGCCCGGCAAGCCAAAUGAACUGCGAGGAUUAUCAGGCUGAAGAAAAUACCUCAGUGAGCUUUAAACUGCUGUUCAAACCAGAACAACACACCCCAACUAAAUGUUCCGGAUUAAUUAUUUAUAUCAAUGUUGGAAUCCUCUCGAUUGUUUUGACUUGUAUUUGCAUUGUACUGGCAAAAUGUUAUGAGGAAUUAUCCAAUGGACAUAUCAUCUGGAUGACGGUACUUGUGAUACUGUGCGUCGUUGCUGCUAUUAUUACCUUCAUUAUAUGGACACAACCACAGAACGAAACCUCACUUAGUUUUAAGGUGCCACUUCUGCCAUUCCUUCCUAUUGUCAGUAUGUUUAUAAAUGUUUACCUGAUGGUGAUGUUGGAUUUGGGCACCUGGAUUCGGUUUGGAAUUUGGAUGUUAAUAGGUUUUGUCAUCUACUUUGGUUAUGGAAUGCAGAACAGCUCUGAGAACGAGCAAUCCUCUUUCAGUCCUGUAGGCUCGGAUAGUCAAGAGAAAAUGGAUAAAAUGCUUGACUGCAACAUUUUACUCACUCCAGCAAAAAUAAAGGAAUUAUCAACAGUGUAAUAGAGAAAAUAUUGAAAGGGGUGAUCCCUAUUUACACUGACAUUUAUUUUUUCUUACUAAUUGCAUUUAUUUCUGUUUUUCAUAAUGGAAUGUUACAAGUUGAGAUGACAUAUUUUGCCUUUUUAUAUUUCAGUGCUCCUCACUUCCUUGAGGGGUUAUGCAGUCCACCCAAGGCGAGGGGUUAUGGGAAGGUUUUAUUCCCACUGACAAUUCAUUAAUAAUAAAAAGGCUACUUAACUUC